AUGGGCGUGAAGAGUGACAGCCAUCUCAACCACGGUGAACUACACCCUUCUUGUGUUUUCAGUUCUCAAGAUGCACUCAAAGCCGAAGAAGAUCAUUCUGCCAAGAACUACCAAUCUCUUCCCAUCGUAUUCUCCCGUGCUCAGGGGGCCUCGGUCUGGGAUCCUGAAGGUCGUCAUUAUCUCGACUUUCACGCUGCUUCCACGGCUCUGAACCACGGACACUGUCAUCCGAAACUAGUCGCAACCCUUGUUGACCAGGCUUCUCGGCUGACUCUCACGUCUCGCGCUUUCCAUAACGACAUUUAUCCCCAAUUUGCUCGAUAUGUGACUGGUCUCUUUGGCUAUGAUCGCGUUCUCCCUUCGAGUACUGGUGCCGAAGCGUCGGAGACCGCCAUCAAGGUUGCUCGAAAAUGGGCCUACAAGGUUAAAGGCGUGCCUGAAAACCAGGCGAUCGUAUUCGGUGCAGCUGGAAACCAUCAUGGCCGAACGCUGGCAACAAUUGCCCUUGCUUCUGACAACAUGUCGCGAGACAAUUAUGGGCCACUAGACCAAAACAUCAGCUGCACCAUACCUGGAACCAAUCGACACAUCGAAUACAAUAACAAGGCUGCACUAGAUGAAGCAUUCAAAGCAGCAGGGUUCAACCUAGCAGCCUUUAUCGUUGAGCCGAUUCAAGGUGAUGCAGGUGUUAUCGUCGCUGAUGACGACUAUCUUCGACAUGCGAGAUCCCUUUGUGACAAGCACAAUGUCCUCCUGAUCUGUGACGAAAUCCAGACAGGCAUUGGUCGAACCGGAAGGUUUUUGGGUCACUACUGGAGCGGGAUUCGCCCUGAUAUGAUUCUUCUGGGUAAGACCAUGACAGGUGGGAUGUACCCCUUCUCGUGCGUACUAGGCGAUGAUGCUGUCAUGCUCACCGUCGAGCCGGGAACGCAUGGAUCAACCUAUGGUGGCAAUCCACUGGGUGCGGCAGUUGCAAUGCGUGCCCUCCAAGUUGUCGAGGAGGAGAAUUUGGCAGAAAAUGCGGAGCGUCUUGGUUGCGUCAUGCGCGAUGGCUUGAAGGAGAUCCAGGCCCAGACAAGCAUCAUCGAGACAGUUCGUGGCAGGGGUCUGCUCAACGCUGUAGUGAUUGACCAGUCCAAGACCAACGGCCAUACUGGUAUAGGCCUUUGCGAGUUGAUGAAGGAAAAGGGCCUUUUACUCAAGUCAAGCCGCACAGGUAUCAUCCGUAUUUCACCCCCUCUGGUAAUCACGGCAGAAGAGAUUCAUUGGUCACUUCGAAUCAUGAAGGAGUCGAUUGAUGAGCUUAUGCAGCUUCCCAGUGCUUCAUAG